AUGGACGCCAGCUCGAUUGCAGAUCGUAAUAGCACUGGGCGUGCAGUGUCUGUCCUUCUCCAAUGCAUAUCACUAUACCUUGUUCUAAAUUGUAUCAGCUUUAAAGCGGGCCAGGACGACCUAGCCCGACGGAAAGAGUUCAAGGCUCUGGAUCAAGCUCAGAGAGAUACCAUUGUCCAGAUAUUGGGCCGUCUUCAGCUUGCAUCCACUGAUAUCGAGACAUCCAUCAAAGCCACAGGGGCUUCCAUAACUGGACGCCUCGAUAACCACCAUUCUGCGCAGACCAGCUACCUCCGGGAUCAACAACUAGACGCUCUCAGAGUGCGCCUUCUCGAUGCUUUAGCCUUUCAAGAGAUGGACGGACGUCGUAACAUGAUUGAACACCGCGUCUCGGACUUCGCAAGCACUUAUCGCUGGGUAUUUGAGCAGCCUGACAAGCGCCGCUCUAAUCCCUCCCGUUCCUAUGAUCAUGAAUUUGUCGAGUGGCUUCGAAAUGGCAAAGAGAUUUUCUGGGUCAGUGGGAAACUAGGCAGUGGCAAAUCGAGUCUUAUGGACUUCAUCUACCAGAAUUUACAUGCACGCGGUUCAGGCUUUGAUAUGUUGGCAGAAUGGGCACGUCCAAUGCCUGUACAGGUUCUUACUUUCUGGUUCUUCAGACCGGCUACUAGUGUGUUGCUCAAGUCUUUGCAAGGAAUGUGGAGAUCUUUGUGUUUUCAGAUGCUGGAACAAAACGAGAAGCUGGUGGAGACGAUCCGGACUGACGAUGAUGGCCUCGCUCCCGCCAGUCUCAAAUCUUGCCUUACAAUGUCGGGAUCUCGCGCUCAAACUUGGACGGAUACUGAACUGAGAUCCUGGUUUGAGUACCUGAUCACACAUUCCGAACACAAAUACUGCAUCCUCGUCGAUGGGCUGGAUGAGGUUGCAAGCGACCACGAGGCCUUACUUCACGACGUCCGCUACAUCGUCUCCAUUUCAAACACGGUCAAGAUCUGCUGCUCAAGUCGACCCGAGCCCGCAUUCAAGCGGACGCUCUGCAACUAUCCUUCACUCAUAUUGCAGGACUUUAAUCACAAUGACAUUCGAAUGCACUGCCAAGAGCGACUUGAGCAAACCCGAGCCGCGACAUUCGCAACACGGAUUGCUGACAUGGCUGAUGGCGUCUUCUUGUGGGCUGCCCUGGUUGCUGGAGACCUCCAAAACGCUGCAGGCCAAGGCGAUUCCGAAGAAGAUCUCGAGUUGCGCUUGGAAGGGUGUCCUGCUGAAAUGAAUGACCUCUUCACGUUCUUGCUUGAGAAACAGGACACUUUUUAUGCAAAACAUCCCAAACCACACCUUGCACUAAUCCACGCCUCGACCAAGGUGGAUAUGACCAUCAACUCGAUUGACCUACUUCUCGCCUCCUCGGGACGAGAACAACUGAAGGAAUUCUUCGAGAGCGGUCUGAAUGCUUCUCGCCUUGCAGCCUUGGACACUCUAGCAUCCAAUAUGGAGGUGAAUAUUGUGGCGAGAUGCGCGAACCUGGUGGAAUUCGACCGAGAGGAUAUCUGGUACCACUCAUCCCCAGAAUUCCCAGCAGAGUUCUCUUACGAGUCAUUGGAGAAGGCGCGUACGACGAAUAUUCGCUUCAUUCACCGUAGCGCACAAGAUUUCCUGGUUGAAAGUGAAAAGGGUGCUGCUCUUCUCCAGUCUGGUGGCAUUGCCGAACAGGACGCCAUCAAGUUGCUCAUGCUGUCCUCUGCGGUCAUUUCCACCAUCGACCAGUCUGAUGUCAGCGCCGAAAGAGUGUUCGCAUAUGGGAGCGACAUACGGCGGGAAUUUUGGACGCCUUAUGAGACAUAUGUCGCGGAUUCUGUCUUCGCAAGUGUCCAAGUGCGAAACCCGUGGGGUCUGCCCUGGAACUUAGCCAAAUCAGAAGACGGACAGUAA